UCGCUCAAACAAAACAUUCUACAUUCGUAAGAUUUCCCAUAAUAUUAUUACAAGUUAUGCUGCAUUCGGCUUGAUAGAAAAGUGAAUUUAAUAUAUUGGUUAAUACGAUGAGCCUAUUGAAUAAUAUGGUUUGCCCGUUCGAGAAGCAAGAAGUCAGCUGUAAAAUAUGCGAAGGCACCGAUGGGGCAAUGGAAUCGAUGUUUUGCGACCAGAAUGAUGAUCGGUUACUAAACAAAAUUUUCAAGUGCACUGAUGUGAAGGUUAAACCAGUAUACGGAAUCAUUUCACCGAUUUGCGAAUUUUGUCGCAGCCGAAUCGAACAUUUUGACGAUAAUUUUCAGCCGCAGUGUAAAGAAUACGUAGUGGAAAAGGUGAACACCAUAUCAGUGGCCCCUGAUGAUGAUCCUUUCAACUGUUUAGAUCCUAGCGAUAUCGUACAAGAUGCAGCUUUGGGGUUGUUAGAGUGUACUGUGGACAUUAAAGAAGAAGAUAGCGUAGAAGGGAAUGUACGGGAGGUGCAUUUGGAGACAAUAUUUCAGAAGGAGGAGAUUGAGAUUAAACCGGAAUCGGGAUACCUGCUAACAGAGUCUCCGAGUAAACUGGGCGCUUUGGAUAAUGCGGAGGAAAUUAAAGACGAGCGAAGCGAAUGCCAAACCGAUGAAGGAAGUAGCGUUCAUAGCUCAAAUGGAGAACAUGAUGAUCAAGACUCGGAAGAGACUGAACCCGAAAAAUUGUAUCACACACAAAGAACAAAAAGGACAAAUCAUCCAAAAUCGGAUACAACGCUAGGUGUGCUUAAAAUGCCUACCAAAUGUGAAAUCUGUGGGAAGAUGGUGACGUACAUGAAAGAUCACAUGCGGUUACACAGUGGAGAUAAAAGGUACCAGUGUCCGCACUGUGAGCGCUCGUUUAUACAAAGCAACAAUUUGAUUUAUCACGUCCGAAAACACACAGGGGAGAAACCGUUUGCCUGUGACAAAUGUGAUAAAAGUUUUAUUUGUAAAUCUCACCUGCUAUCUCAUUCGCGAUCUCACGCCAACGAUCAACCGUACGUUUGCGAGUUUUGUUCUAGGCGCUUCAACCAGGCAUGUAAUUUAACAAAACAUUUGCGCAUUCACAGUGGAGAAAAACCGUACAAGUGCGGUUCCUGCAGCAAAGCCUUCAUGAAUCUCUCCAACAUGAAAGCUCACGAAAAGCGACAUCGAGGAGAGCGAAACUUUUCUUGUGAGGUCUGCUCGAAGAGCUUCUACGAUAGUCAUCAUCUUGAGAGGCACCUAGCCAUUCACAAUCGUUCUAACGAGAAGCAGUUUAAAUGCAAUCUCUGCCAAAAGCAGCUAAAUACCGCAAGCGGUCUGAAGUCUCACAUGACGAACCAUGAACGCCUGGUGGAGAAAGUCAACUGUAGCACCUGCGACGAAGAGUUUGCUAACCCCAGGCAGUUGAAGCGGCACUUGAAAAAUAAUUGUAUAUUCUCAGACAGUUCGCAGUUUUCGUGUCACGUUUGCUUACGGAAUUUUAAAAGUAUAGUGCGGUUGGAAAAACAUCAUCAACAAGCGCAUUCGGGAGGGCAGUCCGAAAAAUCUCCCCGAGAGGUCGAAAAAGAUUCGGACACGGUUCAAAAAUCUAUUGAUGAAGCCAGUCCAGUCAAGUCUAAAGCUACUUCUCGGGGGGCUAUAAUCGAUCCGAUUGCAGUUCGCAAACAAUUGGAAGCUGGUCUUACCAAGCCGUUCCGCUGCGACGUCUGUUCCAAACAAUUCGAUCAAGCACGCUACCUCAAAGUUCAUUUCCAGAUACACAUGCCAAACAGUAAAUCGUUCGAAUGCGAUAAAUGUCCACGGUCCUUUACCCGCAAGGAGCAGCUGGUCUUUCACGAUCGGGUCCACACCGGAUCGAGACCGUUCAUCUGUGAAUAUUGUCCGGAACAAUUUAUCCGAUCAAGCGAUCUGAAGCGACAUCAGCUAGCAUCGCAUGCAGAUAGUUCGGUUCGACGCAAAAAGCAGCAACAACCCCCUCAGGAUCCAUUGGCAGGAGCGGACGUUAGUACGCAGCUGAUCGAGCUGCCACCGGAGGUACUGCCCGGUUCAGAUCAGGUGCUGAUCAAGUUUGAAAUUAAAAAUAUUUAGUUGAUGUGUUAGGCAUAGUCUAAUGAGGCCAGAUGUUUUCGGGGUGAAUGCGAGGCGCGCGCUCAAGAAAUCUAUUGAAGUUUUACGCUUCACAAAUUGUGUUAGACAAACUUUUUGCGAAAAUUCAGUAACUGACUCAUACUAGUAGCUGACAAAGGUACAGUUUAAAUCAGAAUAAAUAGAAUCAAUUUGUACGUUCUCUUCAUAUUUCGGAAAUUGGGUACCACAAUUCAAAACCUAUUAAAAAUGUCUUUUGUAAUAUUAUUCCUGUGACAAUUUAGAAUAAUAAUCAGUUUAUUAGGAAAUGCGGAGCAUUUUCUGGGACGUCUAGCUGUGCGGGACUUUUUAAAUCUAGGCCUGUCCCGCUUCAUCCGAGAGGUCUGGUCGCCAUAGUGUAAUCGCGUAGUAUUGUUAAAUUAAGCAAUACUUAGUUUUCUAGAAUUGAAUAAACGAUUUUGCAUAGUUUUCUAUAA